AGCAAACUCAAUUUGAGCUGGCAUUGAACCUGAACCUCUAUAAGCCACACUUUAUUUUGGAAUCAAGGACAUACCGGUGAGUAAAGUGAAGUCUUUCUCACGCGAGAAGGCAAGACAAUAUGCAAAUAAGCCAGGAAGGGCACACUGCCCAGAUGCCCUGUCUGUAGCCCGGGCUACAUUAGCCCCAGCCACUUCUUGAUCACGCUGCAGGGUUGGGCGCCUGCACUGUGGCGGGUCCCUUCCCAGGACCUUCCCAGGGUCUAAAGCCCUGGAAGCCGAGGACCUCCAAGGGAGCUUUAAAUUUCACUCAACUGGGGUCACUAGGGUAUGUGACAACAGACCUAGGCUACAUCUCUGUGGGCCUCAGUUUCCCUCAAUUUAAAAUGGGGGCUUUGGGGUAGGAUGAGAUCAUCUUCAAGUUUUCUUACAACUAUAACAUCCCUCCAAGACAAAAUAAAUGAUAAAAAAGAUCUGUGGCCGGUGAGACGGUUCAGCAGGUAAAGGCACCUGCCAACAAGCCUGACAACUUGAGUUCAAUUCCUCAAACCCACAAGGUGGAGGAGACAACUGAGCCCCACAAGUUGUCUUCUGACCUCUGCAUGUCUGCUAUGGCAGAAACACACAUACACACACGCACACACACACGCACACACGCACACACACACACGUAAUACAGAAUUUCAUAGAGAAAAGAUCAUGGAUAAAACCAAGCAGGGAGAUGAAUUGGCAUUUCAGACACAGCCAUAAAAUGCUCACUGGGUUAAAAUCUCCAAAAAAAGAAAAGAAAAAGAAAGAAAGAAAGAAAGAAAGAAAGAAAGAAAGAAAGAAAGAAGGAAGGAAAGAAAGAAAGAAAGAAGGAAAAAAAGAAAGAAAAAAAUCCAAAAAGAAGUUUGGAGCAAAGCCCCUGCCCAGGCCCUGCCAGCCCCAGCAGUAGCCUGGUCUGCCGGCCAGUCAGACAUCCGUGCCUGACCCUGCGGGAGUGUCCCUCCCCCCACCGCAGUCACAUGGCUGACCGCUACUGGACCCCAGAAGUCAAUCUCCAAUGCCCCAAAUACUGCUCAGCCUGGAAGCCACAGAAAGCCUUCCUGCCACCCAACAGGAGCUGAGCCAGGAGCUCUGGCCUUCCUGCGAUUUGGAGCCUGCUGUCCACUGCUAAGAACACACAGUGAUGAAGGUGGAAGAGGAGAAGGCUGGGGUCAAAAAGCUGGACCCCACAAGCUACAGGAGGAGACAGCCAGGACAAGAUUUCCCCUCAAUACAUAUUGGGUUUCCAGUCCCCAGUUGCUCUCACAGAAAGUGUGACUCAAAGGGGCACCUUUCAGGCCUGCAAAAAGUCCAGUGGGCCCUGCGGCCAGACGAACCACAGCAGGAGCUGACCGGUCCAGGGGUCCGGGCCAACAACCAGGGAGGCAGCGCGGAUUUUACCAAAAGGACGCGGUCUCCGGCUGCUGAGCAGCUGCAGGACAUCCUGGGGGAGGAAGAUGAGGCUCCCAACCCUACCCUCUUCACAGAGAUGGACACGCUACAGCAUGACGGGGACCAGAUGGAGUGGAAGGAGUCAGCCAGGUGGAUAAAAUUUGAAGAAAAGGUGGAGGAAGGAGGGGAGCGCUGGAGCAAGCCCCACGUGUCCACACUGUCCCUGCACAGCCUCUUCGAGCUCCGCGCCUGCCUGCAGACAGGGACGGUGCUGCUGGAUCUGGACAGUGGCUCCCUGCCACAGAUCAUAGAUGAUGUCAUUGAGAAGCAGAUAGAGGACGGACUUCUGCGACCAGAGCUCCGGGAAAGGGUCAGCUACGUGCUCCUGAGGAAGCAUCGUCACCAAACCAAGAAGCCCAUCCACCGCUCCCUGGCAGACAUUGGGAAGUCAGUCUCCACCCCGAAUCGCAGCUCUGGCCGGAGCCCCUCCACAGGCCCAGCUCUACACCGCUCCACGGAGGACCUGAGGAUUCGGCAAAGCACCAGUUAUGGUCAUCUGUGUCACGCCCAGAGUCGAAGCAUGAAUGACAUCUCUCAUACCCCAAACAUAGACCAGCGGAAAAACAAAUUCAUGAAGAAGAUCCCCAAGGACUCAGAAGCCUCCAACGUGCUUGUGGGCGAGGUGGACUUCCUGGACCAGCCAUUCAUUGCAUUUGUCCGUCUUGUCCAGUCUGCCAUGCUGGGAGGGGUGACAGAGGUCCCUGUCCCCACCAGAUUUCUGUUCAUUCUUCUAGGACCUUCUGGGAGAGCAAAGUCCUACAAUGAAAUUGGCCGAGCCAUAGCAACCCUCAUGGUGGAUGAUCUCUUCAGCGAUGUAGCUUAUAAAGCCCGCAACCGAGAAGAUCUGAUCGCAGGAAUUGACGAAUUUCUAGAUGAGGUCAUUGUCCUUCCCCCUGGAGAAUGGGAUCCAAACAUCAGGAUUGAGCCGCCGAAGAAAGUUCCCUCGGCUGACAAGAGGAAAUCUGUGUUUUCUCUGGCAGAGCUGGGCCAGAUGAACGGCUCUGUGGGCGGAAGUGGUGCCUUGGCUGGAGGAGGCAGCGGUGGCGGAGGCGCUGGAGGCAGCGGGGCCGGCGGAGCGGGCAGCGGCGACGAGGCUGAGAUGCCAGCUAUGCAUGAAAUCGGGGAGGAGCUGAUCUGGACCGGAAGGUUCUUUGGGGGACUUCGUCUGGAUGUCAAGAGGAAGCUGCCCUGGUUCCCAAGUGACUUCUAUGACGGUUUCCACCUCCAGUCCAUCUCUGCUGUUCUGUUCAUCUACCUGGGCUGCAUCACCAACGCAAUCACCUUUGGAGGGCUUCUGGGGGAUGCCACAGACAAUUACCAGGGAGUAAUGGAGAGCUUCCUGGGCACCGCCAUGGCUGGUGCCUUGUUCUGCCUCUUCUCUGGGCAGCCUCUCAUCAUCCUCAGCAGCACGGGGCCCAUCCUCAUCUUUGAGAAGCUCCUCUUUGACUUCAGCAAGGCCAAUGGCCUGGACUACAUGGAGUUCCGCCUUUGGAUUGGCCUUCACUCAGCCGUCCAGUGCCUUGUCCUGGUGGCCACAGAUGCCAGCUUUAUCAUCAAGUAUAUCACUCGCUUCACAGAAGAGGGCUUCUCCACCCUCAUCAGCUUCAUCUUCAUCUACGAUGCCAUCAAAAAGAUGAUUGGUGCCUUCAGUUACUAUCCCAUCAACACAGACUUCAAGCCUGACUCCAUCACCGCCUACAAAUGCGAGUGCGUCGCUCCUGACACAGUGCUGAAUACAACCACGGCCAACAACUCGGCCCCACUGGCACCGAACACCAACACGUCUCUGUACACCCCCCUUAACCUCACAGCACUGGACUGGUCCCUGUUGAGCAAGAAGGAAUGUCUGAGCUACGGCGGGAGCUUGCUUGGAAACUCCUGCCAGUUCGUCCCAGACCUGGCGCUCAUGUCCUUCAUCCUUUUCUUCGGAACUUACUCCAUGACUUUGACUCUGAAGAAAUUCAAAUCCAGCCGCUACUUCCCCACCAAGGUCCGGACCCUGGUGGCCGACUUUUCCAUUGUUUUCUCCAUCUUGCUGUUCUGUGGAAUCGAUGCCUGUUUUGGCCUGCAAACCCCCAAGCUGCAUGUGCCUAAUGUCAUCAAGCCCACACGGCCUGACCGAGGCUGGUUCGUCGCCCCCUUUGGGAAGAACCCCUGGUGGGUGUACCCUGCGAGCAUCCUGCCCGCCCUGCUGGUGACCAUCCUGAUCUUCAUGGACCAGCAGAUCACCGCUGUCAUUGUCAACCGGAAGGAGAACAAGCUGAGGAAGGCCGCCGGCUACCAUCUGGACCUGUUCUGGGUGGGCGUCCUCAUGGCCCUGUGCUCCUUCACGGGGCUCCCCUGGUAUGUGGCCGCCACAGUCAUCUCCAUCGCCCACAUCGACAGCCUCAAGAUGGAGACGGAGACCAGUGCCCCGGGGGAGCAGCCCCAGUUCCUGGGGGUCAGGGAGCAGAGGGUGACUGGAAUCAUGGUCUUCAUCCUGACAGGCAUCUCCGUCUUCCUGGCUCCUGUCCUGAAGUACAUCCCUAUGCCAGUGCUCUAUGGCGUCUUCCUGUACAUGGGCGUGGCCUCCCUGAACGGCAUCCAGUUCUGGGAACGCUGUAAGCUUUUCCUCAUGCCAGCCAAGCACCAGCCGGACCACGCCUUCCUGCGCCACGUCCCCCUCCGCAGGAUCCACCUGUUCACCCUGGUGCAGAUCCUCUGCCUGGCACUGCUCUGGAUCCUCAAGUCAACCAUGGCUGCUAUCAUCUUCCCCGUGAUGAUCUUGGGCCUUAUCAUUGUUCGAAGGCUCCUGGACUUGAUUUUCUCCCAGCAUGACCUGGCCUGGAUUGACAACAUCCUCCCAGAGAAGGAGAAAAAGGAGACAGACAAGAAGAAGAAGAGAAGAAAAGGGGUCCAUGAAAACACCGAUGAGGAGCCCCAGCUCCUCCCUCCCUCAGUUAUAAAGAUCCCCAUGGAAAGUGUUCCGUCUGAUCCCCAAAACGGUAUCCACUGUGUCGCCAGAAAAAGAUCUUGCAGUUGGAGUUACUCGCUCUGACUCUUCCUUCAGCGGUUCAGAACUAGAUCGAAGCAUCACCUUGCACUUCAAAAUCUCUUGUCCGGCUUCACCAACUUUCAGCUACCCACGGAGCCCCGUCUUCAUGGUGCCACAGGUGAAGAUAGAGAUGGAGCCUGACCUCAGCUUCACAGAUGAGGGCUACGGGAGAGAGGCGGGCACGGAGACCACCCUCUAGCAGACUCGGCUCUUCCCAGCUGGACACGGGGCAAGGGCUGGCCUUGCUAGAGGGUGUCAGCCCUUCAUUGUCUCCUUACCCACUGACCGUGCAGAGAACUGGAGGCUUUUUAGUGCCAUCCGACAGACACAAAGCUCUCUCCUUCCCUUUGCAGUUAGUAAACUGUCCAAAACGGAACCAUACGGCUUAAAAUGCCGCCCAGCAUAGCUCUAACCCUUCUAAGAGGAAAUAUUUUCCCAAGUUACAGGUAAGAUAAAUGGGCAGUGGUGGACUUAUAUUUAAAAUAUAUACUGAUUUAGUAUCUUCUAUUUAAAAUAAAUACCGAUGUAGUGUCUUUUAAAGAUUAGGUGGAAAUCUAAACGCCUUGAAGGUCUGAGUGUGUUCUGCAGGGUUGAUGUUUGCAAAUGCCCAGGAGGCCUGUCAGUCCCCUCCUCUGGCUCACGUUAGGGCCUCUGUACAGUGAGCUCUGAAAACCCAAUCCUAAAAUUAUUAGUGGAAGAACCUGUGUGUGGAUGGAUUGUUUUUGUUUGAGGUGGGUGUUCUCUAUGUACCCUCAGCUUUCCUGGAACUCCCUAUGGAUCAAGCUGGCCUCCGAACUCAGAGAUCUACCUGGCUCUGAGCGGAUUGUUUUUAAGGCAAAAUAGUGCUCACUAACUGAACUCUAAAGCCACAUUAGGUCAACCAAAUGACCUUUUAAAUGUCACUGGCACCCUAACCUGGACUCCGCUUAUGGUGCAUUUGAAUAGGACCCCCUUUUUCCCUGCACAGUUCUGCAACAGCUACAGCCCAAACUCCCAAUCUCACCAACGUUGCUGGUUAGGCAGCUAAUGUUUAUAAUCCAACUAGUACUGGUCAAGUGGUUGAAGAAACACCAUUCCCAACUGGAGUUAGACUGCCAAGCUCUUCACUGAUCCAAACCCUUUCCCAGAUAAAAUUGUUCAUCUUCCUCUGUACCAAUCCUGGGAGAGCUAGCAACACACGUCUCAAGGCUUCACUGAUGCGUGAUAGCACUCCAUCCAGAUUAAACCGUAGCAUGGUCCAGACUCAGAGGGAAGCGUGCUUUGUUAAUCAAAUGAGCUGGGAAACUGGUUAGCUUCUAAACGGUUGAUGUAAAUCAAUCCAUGUAAUUUUUACCUUAAAUAUCAUUUAUAUUUUGUAUAUACAUGAACUCUUUAGCCUUGGUAGCCUUUAAUAUGUUGGUGUUAUUACUUCUCCAUUCACUUAGGAAUUUAUUUUCUAUUUCUAAUGUAAACUGCACUUCAAUAAAACUUAAUUGUGU